CCGUUCACAAAAGGUAAUCAGAGAAAAAAUAGAUUAUCGCUAUCAGUGGAAGUGUUUUUCCGAAUUUUUGUGUAAUUUUAGUGCUUUUCCAACUGCAAACCGUUAUGGCCGCAACGCUCAAACCUUAUCUGACUGCAGUCCGUCACACCCUGACUGCGGCGAUGUGUCUGACUAAUUUCUCCUCCCAGGUGGUGGAGCGGCACAACAAACCGGAGGUGGAGGUUCGCUCCAGCAAGGAGCUCCUGCUAACGCCGGUCGUUAUCUCGCGUAACGAGAAGGAACGGGUGCUGAUCGAAACGAGCGUCAACUCCGUUCGGAUCAGCAUCGCCGUCAAGCAGGCGGAUGAGAUCGAAAAAAUCCUGUGCCACAAGUUUACCCGCUUUAUGAUGAUGCGAGCGGAGAAUUUUAUUGUUUUACGGCGGAAGCCAAUCGAGGGUUACGACAUAAGCUUUCUGAUCACCAACUUCCACACCGAACAGAUGUACAAGCACAAGCUGGUUGAUUUCGUAAUUCACUUUAUGGAGGAAAUCGAUAAGGAAAUCAGUGAGAUGAAACUGGCCGUCAAUGCACGGGCUCGUAUCUGUUCGGAGGAGUUUCUGAAGCGGUUCUAAGGCAAGGGCAAAAUUUUUCGAUUCCAAAUCAAUGCAUUUUUAUUCUAGCAGUUUGCAGGAAGUCAUGUCACGGUGCGGUUGGAAAGCACUGCCCUAGUAAGUCUCUAUAACAAAGUUGAUUUAAAUAAGCCACGAAUAGGCAUACUAAACUGAUUCAAGUAUUAUAAAAGGAUGUAGAAACUUUCGUUAAUCAAGACCAGAGUUGAAAACAAACGGGAAACUAGUUUAGCUUGUUUUAUGUGAAACACCAAAGCAAAUUGAAUAUAAAUUUUCCA